AUGGAAAGUGAAAACAAUCUCAAGCAGAAGCAGAAGCUAGAGCUUGUUGUUUGUAAUGGUGUUAAAGAUGUAUUUGGAAUGGAUUUCUACGUGGAACAUGAGUCUUGUUGUUUCUGUAUUGGAGGAUUUUCUUGCUACUAUAUUGGAGGCUAUGAACAAGGAUACGGAACUUUCAUACAAGUUGGUUUGUUCUGCAUGGUGAUUCCAUUCAAAUGGGUGGUUUUUAUGAUCCAUUACCAUGAUUGUAAAGAGAGAUAUUUGGUAAAGAAAACAGAUGAGGAAUUAGGGAAAGAUGUUAGAGUGCUUCAGAAGUAA